UUGGCUGUUAUCCUCUUGCGUCAGUGGGUCAUGUUGUAACAUUUUUUAGCACAUUGGAGAGAAUAAAAGUCUGAAGUUGAAGAAGACUGUUUAGUCUAAGUGUAGCUUUCCUUCUUAGCCUGAGAAAUACGCCUUUUGUGUCUUGAGUCCAAUUCCAUGUUGAAAGAUGACACUGUGGCACCAGCUGCAGCUACUGGACACUCUGUAUUUAGAGCAAGUGGACCAGCUUUAUAAUGAUGCUUUCCCUAUGGAGAUUCGUCAGUAUCUCAGCCAAUGGAUUGAGAGUCAUGACUGGGAAUUGGUUGCAAGUAAUGUGUCUUUGGCGACCGUGCGCUUCCACGAUCUCCUAAACCAACUAGAUGAGCACUACAGUCGUCUCAGCCUGGGAAACAACUUCCUGUUGCAACAUAACAUACGCAAAAUCAAGCGUAACCUGCAGGAGCACUUCCAGGAAGAUCCUGUUCACAUGGCUAUGAUCAUAUCCAGCAUUCUGAAUGAAGAGAGGAAAAUACUGGAAACUGCAAUUAGUACUCAAGGUCAAUCUGACUCAUCACAGGGGGGUAUUAUGAUGGAACAACACAAUGAGUUGGACAAUAACGUCAACAAUUUGAAGAAGAGUGUGCAGGAAACAGAACAGGACAUACAGGAUCUGGAGGAUGUGCAAGAUGAGUAUGACUUUAAGAGAAAGACCUUGCAGAGUCGAGUGGAGGUUGAAAUGAAUGGCCAGAUAACUAAAGGGAUCCAGCAGGAAGAAAUGGUUAUUAGACAAAUGUUUAUUGGGAUGAAUAUAAAAAGAGAGGUGGUGAUAAAAGAAAUAUCUAAUGUACUAACUCUAGCAGAGCAGAUCCAGCACAGACUCAUAUCAGAUGAGGUACCUGAGUGGAAGCAACGGCAACAGAUGGCUUGUAUUGGAGGCCCUCCCAACGCUUGCCUGGACCAACUGCAGAGCUGGUUCACCGUGGUGGCAGAAUGUUUGCAACAAAUCCGUCAGCAGCUGAAGAAAGUGCAAGAACUCGUGCAGAAAUUCACCUACGAAAAUGACCCCCUAACACUGGGCAAGAGCCAGCUGGAAGAUCAGGCCCUUUCACUCUUCAAAAACAUCAUUUUGAAUUCCCUUGUGGUGGAGAGACAGCCAUGCAUGCCCACACACCCACAGAGACCCUUGGUAAUAAAAACAGGAGUGCAAUUCACAGUUAAGAUCAGAUCACUAGUCAAACUGCCUGAAUUGAACUGUCAGCUAAAAGUAAAAGCCUCCAUUGACAAAGAUUUAACAGAGAGGGACACGGUGAAGGGAUCCCGUAAAUUCAACAUUUUAGGGACGGCAUCUAAAGUUAUGAACUUGGAGGAAUCCAGUGGAAGCCUAGCAGCAGAAUUCCGUCAUUUGCAAUUAAAAGAAAUGAGAACUAGCAACAGAACUAAUGAGAAUUCCCUCAUAGUUUCUGAAGAGCUGCAUUUAAUUAGCUUUGAUACUCAGCUUGUUCAGCCAGAACUAUCCAUUGAUUUAUCGAUCACAUCACUGCCUAUCGUGGUGAUCUCCCAUGUAAAUCAACUGCCGACCUCUUGGGCCUCCAUCCUGUGGUACAACAUGCUUUGCCGUGAACCCCAAUCUCAGAAUCUGGCAUUCUUCUUGAAUCCACCAAUGGUGAAAUGGGGGCUGCUUUCAAAGGUGAUCAGUUGGCAGUUUUCUUCUGUCACCAAACGUGUGCUGAACUCUGAGCAGCUCAGAAUGCUGGCCGACAAACUUCUUGGUUGUGAAGCCCAAGGUGACCCUGAGGGACUUAUUUCUUGGAAUAAAUUUUGCAAGACGUCUGCCAGUGAGAAGGGUAUACCAUUCUGGCAGUGGAUGGAUGGAAUUUUGGACCUUAUUAAAAGACACUUGCUCAGCAUUUGGAAUGAUGGGUACAUUAUGGGUUUUUUGAGUAAAGAGAGAGAAAAGGCUUUGCUAAGAGACAAACUCCCAGGCACUUUUCUUCUGCGCUUCAGUGAAACCUGUCGAGAUGGAGGAAUCACCAUCACAUGGGUGGAGCACUCACAGGAUGGUACACCUGUGAUGCAUUCGGUGAAGCCCUACACUAGGUCAGAUCUGGUGAACAUCUCUUUAUCGGAUAUCAUCCGUGACUAUCACCUCACCGCUGCAGAGAAGGUUCCAGUAAACCCCCUCAUCUACCUUUAUCCAGACAUCCCAAGGGACGUCGCCUUUGGUCAUUACUAUACAAGCCCCUCUGAUGAUCAAGAAGAUAUGGAUAUAGACAGACCAAUAAACAGCCCCCUUACUGUUGACCCGUAUGUGGGCAGGCGCAUGAUUCCAGUGUCAGAAGUUCCUGGAUCAAGGCUCCCAAGCCAGUCCUAAAACACAUCAAGGACACGUGUUGGACACACUGGUACAGUAUGUGCACUUCAUUCCAUGAGCAAUCUCAUUUUAAUCCAAAGGACAAUGAUCCUGUUCUAAAAAUACUGUUUAUCACACAUAGAUCACACUAAUGUACAAUAGACAUGACUGAUGAUAUCCAAAAUCUUUACCCAGGUCCCCUUUGUACCAUAUUAGGAUUACAGCUCUAUUCUCCACCUGUCUGAGGAGCCAUGAUUCUCACUGUUAAAGUACAGAAUAUAUUUACUGUUAAAACUAUUUAAUCCUAUGCUGUUUGUUUGUUGUUUACAUUAAAAUGUGAAAAUAUGGUUAAAAAACUCUGCAUGUUCUUAAAAAGUAUGAAUUUUAAUAGUAACACUUUACAACAGCGGUCACCAAUUAGCAGACUGCGGUCCGGGUCCAGACCUCAGAUUGGUUCCAUUCAGACUGUGAGACUGCAAACGUGGUUAUUUGCACGACAGUAGACCGUAACGGAGAAAUACAGUGAUCAGCAAUACAGACAGAUACCGCCAUCUUUCGCUAAAAUACAAUGCAGAAAAUUUAAAUGAAGCAAAGUGAAACAAUCUUCAUGUGUCUAGUAUGACUCAGAGAGUUCAGCUAAGCAAGGUUUGUGGCAGGACAAUUUAUCGUGGCUCCAGAGUGCCUUUAGACCAUAAAUGAUUUUUUCCCCGUCUAAAAUUAGCUUUAUUAAUCAACAUGUUUCGAGCCUAUUGAUAAUAAACAAAAAGAGGACCCCCUUUAUAUUAGGUGACCUUAACUACUAUGUACUUACACAUUUGAUACAAUGUACUUAUUAUGUACAUACAUGUUGUUGCAUUGUAAUUACAUUUAAAGUAGCUGCAUUUAAUUACAUUUAUUGUUACACUGUUAACUUUACCCAUAACCCUUACCCCAAAACCUAACUCUAACCCCUAAUCCUAAACCUACCCAUAUCUCAGCCUCAGUAGCAGCAAAUGUGGGAAUUUUGCAGGACAAUAUGUAUUUACACAGUAAAUACAUAGUCUUAUAUGUUUUUAAUGUUAGUACAUAGGAGUUAAGGCCACCUAAUAUAACGUGUGACCCAAAAAGAUUUUUGUUUAAAAGGAUGGCAAAAAAGACAACCAAAACUUUGAAAUUACAAGUUCUCUGCUUAUGAUGAAAAACAUUUCCAUUGCCUAUUUGAUAGUCAGCCCAUUUAUACUUAAAUAUAGCAAACAGUAUUUUUAAACUGUACUAUUUAGAUGUGCAUUGUUUGUUUAUUUUUGGUAGAUUCUCAUUUUAAGGAAAAUAUAAAAAUGGUUCAUUAAGACUUUUACAUUACCUCCAUUUUCUCUUAGAGGUUACCCCUGAACCCCCAUACAGUAUUCCUCAGUCACAAGGCCUCCUUUGCCCCAAUAGGUAUCUGAAUGUGUGUGUGUGUAUAUAUAUAUAUAUAUAUAUAUAUAUAUAUAUAUAUAUAUAUAUAUAUAUAUAUAUAUAUAUUUAUAUAUGGUAGAAGAUCCCCCAUAGCCCAGUACUUUAGUUGUCUUUGGGGCCCCAAUGUCCUCAUUCUAUAAUAACUAUUCCAAAAAAUUGGCAUUUCUUACACAUUGUCAAUAGAAUGGUUACGAAACAAGUUAUUAUUGUUCUGACCUUUGGUGGGACGGAAAUGUCGUGAUCAGACCUCUUGGAACUUUAAUUGAAUACCCCUGCUUUACAAUAAGGUUCCAUUUGUUAACAUUAGUUAACAACAUUAGUUACUGUAACAUGAACUAACAAUGAACAAUACUUUUACAGCAUUUAUUAAUCUUGGUUAAUGUUAAUUUCAACAUAUAAUAAUACAUUUUUUAAAUCAAAAGUUUAUUUUAACAUUAGUUAAAGCACAAUGAACAUUUGUAUUUUUAUUAACUAACUAUAUUGUUCAUUGUCAGUUCUUGAUACCUAAUGAAUUAACUCGUGUUAACGAAUGGAACCUUAUUGUAAAGUGUUACCAUUUUAAUCAUUGUUUGUUUUCUGAAUUUGUUUACUGCAAUAGUGGAUCCAUGCAAAAACUAUGAAAUUCUGCUUCUGUGAACAAUUCAUUUGUUUGAUUAAAAAUUCCAUCUUGUGAAGCACAUAUUUAUUAUUGCACAUUGAAACAUUUGUAUGUAUAUACCAUUGCCUUAAUUGCAAAUGUAAACACACCACUGGGUUUAGGUUGCUAGACACAGUGUAAUAGAAAUACUGUAUAAUACUGUUUCAAAUCCAAAUUUGAAUAUAUUCUUAAACAUUGGACAGUGUUAUAUAAUGUGAAGUGCUAAUUAAGACUAUUAAAUGGUUUGUAAGUUCUUCAAUAUCAGGUCUUCUUUCUCAUCCA